AUGGAGGAGGAACUGAUGCACGCUUAUGAGGAGUUUAAUGAGAGCAUUUGGAAAAAGAGGGAACAACAUUCUACAGACCAAUUCAGCAAAUUAUUAGAGCUAGCCCAGGAGAGACAAGCAACUGAACUGAAAGUCCUGAAGGAAUCUACAGACAGUGACACUAAACUGAUGAAGAAGAAGUUGGAAACGAAGCGGUUGGAGAGACUUGAGGCGAUGAGUAAGAAUACAAUGGAUAAAGCUGCUCAAGAAAGGUUAAAAAAAGAAAUAAACAACUCACACAUCCAGGAGGUGGUGCAAGUCUUGCAAAUGGUAUCUGAUAAAUGGAACAACCAGCAACAGAAAUUAGAAGAAAAACAGACUGAGGGUCUUCAAAAAAUCAGAGAGAAAGGAGAGCAGACUCAGAAAGACCUUCAACAAGAAUACCAAGAAAAACUAAAGAGCAUGGAGGGGGAAGUGGCAGAACAGAUACAUAACUGCAUGGCGCCAUUGUUUCCAGCAGAGGCCAAAAGUCUUAAGAAAGAGCCAAUGACUUGUGCACACAUGUGGGAAUUUCUCUUUGCAAGACACGAGAAAGUAGAUUCUUCUGCUGAAAACGGUCAAAAGGAAACAAAAACAGAAGAGGAACCAGAAAAAGAGGCCGAAGGGGAGACUUUGCCAAAUGACCCUCCUAUUGAACCUACAUCUAAAGACCCUUCAGAUGUUGAGAAGUCUAAAGAUGACACACCUUGUAGUGAUGUUUCAGCACAAGAAUCACCUUCUAAACCUGAGGAAGAAGCAAAAGGAUGUGGUGGAAAAGGUUCCUUCCGAAGUGGCCUCUACACAAUG